AUGGCCGACUCUGACGUUGCCGCUCCCUCGUCCCCUGUGGACCACCAGGUCAACUCGGUCCCCGAGGAGCUAACCCUCCGUGCCCUCGUUUCCACCAAGGAGGCUGGCAUAAUCAUUGGCAAGGCCGGCGCCACAAUCGCCAACGUUCGCGCCGUCGCCAACUGCAAGGCUGGCGUCUCCAAGGUCGUUCCUGGCGUCCAGGACCGUGUUCUCAGCAUCUCUGGCGACCCGGAUGCCAUCGCUGCGGCGUACUCUGAAAUUGCGCGUCUUCUCCUCGAGACGCCUCUGUCCGACUCGUCUCUCCCCCCUCCCCCGGCCAUCGCUUUCACCUCGAUCCGUCUCCUCAUUAGCCACAACCUCAUGGGCACGGUCAUUGGUCGCCAGGGCGUCAAGAUCAAGCAGAUCCAGGACAUGUCGGGUGCGCGCAUGGUCGCGUCCAAGGAGAUGCUUCCUCAGUCGACUGAGCGUGUUGUCGAGGUCCAGGGUGCCCAGGACGCGAUCAAGACUGCCGUCUGCGAGAUCUCCAAGUGCCUUCUCGAGGACUGGGAGCGCAACGUCGGUACCGUCCAGUACCACCCCGGUGCCGGCGGCGACGCCGGUGUCCUCGCUGGCGGCCUAGGCGCGCAGACCGUUACUGGCCCCACUGGUGGCAUCCGCCGCACGUCGAUGGGUGCUUUCAACGCUCAGCAGCCUAACUUUGGCGACCGCCGCGUCUCGCGUGGCUCGAUUUCUGCCGGCACUGGCGAGCGUCGCAUGUCUGAGUCGCAGACCAGCCCUCCUCUCAACGACCCCAACCUCCGCACCCAGAACAUCUCGAUCCCCAGCGACAUGGUUGGCUGCAUCAUUGGCCGCGGCGGCUCCAAGAUUACCGAGAUCCGUCGUCUCUCGGGCUCGCGCAUCUCGAUCGCCAAGGUCCCCCACGACGAGACCGGCGAGCGCAUGUUCACCAUCGUCGGCACGCCCGAGUCGACUGAGCGUGCGCUCAUGCUCCUCUACUCGCAGCUCGAGUCGGAGAAGGAGCGUCGCGUUAACCAGACCGCUGAGGCUGGUGACGUGCCAGCACUACAACGAACCGCAGGCCUCAACAUCUCCUGA